CACAAAUUAAAAAAACUUAAGUUAGAAGGUUGAUUGGAAAAAGAAAAUAAAUAAAAUAUGCAGGUAUAUUAAAUAAUACGGAGUAUUUUAUAUUUACAUAUGUUUUAAGAAAUAAAGCAAAAGAAGGUUAAAGCACACAGAAAGAAAACGGAAAAAGCAGAAGCCAGGACUCAGGAUAGGUGCUUUGUAUUUUGUCUACAAAAUACAAAGCAUAUAAUUUGAUUAAUUGUGAAUUGAGGAUUCCAUAAUUUCAAUAUUGAUAACCACAUAGAGGUUAGAAAAUACAUAGGUAUAAUAAAGUAUAAAAAAGUUAGAAAAUACAUAGAUAUAAAUUUUUUUUUUUAUAAUUUUUUAUAGUAAAGUAUAAAAAAUUGGGGCCCCUAAUUUUUCCAAUUUUUGGGGCCCUGAGACAUGGGCCUCUCCAGCCUCGCAUAAGGCACGGACAUGUUCUAGAGUAUCUGAUACGGGAACGUUUCCGAUACGUCGAUACGGUACCCCAGUGAAGUAUCCAUUUAUGGGGUUAUGGGACUAGGCCCAAAUCCCAGUCGGCCCAAGCCCCGAACUUAGACCCACGAGUCCAAGUCCACAGUCUGGACUCUGGAGUCUGCCCACUAGUCUAGUCGGGAAGUCUGCCUACCAGCCCGACGGAGAGGGAGCUCAAGUGUCAGGCCUGCCAACCAGGUUGACCCGCUAGUCAGGAAGAGUGAUGGUCAAGCAAUUAAUGCACUUUUAAUUAUGUAUUUAAUUCCACAUUAAUGUUGUAAUUAAAGAGUCAUUAUUAUUGAUAGCAAUUACAAUUUGUAAACGCCUAUAAAAUGCAAGUCAUAUUCAAAUGGUAGGAGAUGCUAUUUUUGACAACUAAACUUCCCUUGACUACUUUCCAUUUUGGUUCUUACUAUUUCCUUCUAGGGUGUUCUAUCGUAGGUUUCCCAAAAAGCUUACGAGCGUCCAUUUUUUGACCAACAUUGGUGUUUUCAUUGAGAGCCUCUAUUGUCUCUUACAUCACUUUAGUAGGAGUCACACACGAAGAUGGCUGGAAUCUCAUCCCGACGUGGCCAUGUUUGAGAAGAUGAUGAACAAUGAAGUUGUGAGAAAAAUGGUGGAAGAAAAUGAAAGUUGCUAGCAAUUUUUUGACCUAUCCGAGCCUAGCAUCUUGGUUGGUCUAUUCAGAAUACCAAACACUUCCUGCAAAGCAUGAUAGAUAUUUUGAAAUCAUAUGAACUCAUAGAAUUAUUCUACACGUUUAUGAAUAAGGCGUUUGAUAGAUUAUCAUGGGGAUUCCUCUCUAAGGUGCUUCAGGUCUUUGGCUUUGAUAUGGGAGGCCAGUCUCACAUCUAGGGUUUGCUGAUGACCUUCUUAUCUUUAUCAAUGGAGACUCCAGAUCACUCACUAAUUUCAGUAGAUUUCUCACCCUUUAUCAAGACUCUUCUGGUCAAGCUGUGAACCUUGAAAAAAGCUCAUUUGUCAGUGGUAAACAUGCUUCUUAUAGGAGCCAGGCCAUUAAGGAUCUGCUGGGAAUGCAGAAAACCUCCCUUCCCCUGAAAUACUUGGGUGCCAACCUACAUAAAGGGAUAAACAGACAUCAGUAUUGUCACGAGCUUAUCCAACAAUUUGACUCUAGAUUGACUACCUGGAAGCAAAAAUCUCUCAAUGGGGGGAAGACUUAUUUUGAUUAAACAUGUUCUGGGAACUAUACCACUACAUCAUCUUGCUGUGGAUAUCCUGCCAAGUAAGAUUAAGGGAAUCUUAGACAAAAAGAUGUCUAAUUUCCUUUGGGGUUCUUCUAACAAUAAGCCUAAAUAUCACUGGGUCAGUUGGGCCAAGUUGUGUUACCCUAAGGAAGAAGGUGGACUUGAUAUUACAUUUGGUGAUAUGGAAACUGCUUUCUCCUUAAAACUUUGGUGGAAGUGGAAUACUAAGUCAUGUUUUUGGUCCUAUUUUAUCAAGUCCAAAUAUCCUAGAAUUGAUGACAUGAGACCCAGGAUUUCUGAUUCACCAGAUUGGAAGAGGGUUUGCUCAGUUCGUGAUUUGGCAUGCUCCCUGACAGAUUUUCCAGCCUCUUCAGACUCCCAAGCACCUCAGCAUCUGUCUUGGAAAGGCUCUAGCAAUGGUCAGUUUACAUUAAAGUCAGCCUAUCAUUCAGUUAGGAGUUCUACUGGAUCAACCUUUUCCUACAAACACAUUUGGCACCCUUAAAAUUCAAUUAUUUCAGUGAAAACUUUUCAGAGGAAUUUUACCUAUUUAUGAUAACCUCAGCCGUUUUAGGAAGGUUAUUCAACCAUCUAUUUGCCCUCUGUGUAGAAACUAUGGAGACACUAUUACUCAUAUUUUCUUGAGAUGCGGUUUUUCUAACUCUAUUUGGAGCUAUUUUAGCACUUUAGCAGGAUCAUGAACAUUCCCCAUUUUACUAGCUCACACUCAAUUCGUGGUACUUUUUUGGGUUAGUGGUUUGAGGCUGGUAGCAAAAAUCUUAUUGAUAUUUUUAAGAAUAAUCUACCAGGGAUAAUUUGCUGGUUCAUCUGGAAGCUUUAUACUGAGCUCAUAUGGGGCUCUUGUACUGUUAUUCCCAAUUUUGAGAAUACUAUUUGGCAAAUUAAGCUCUACAUUCAGAAUUGGGCUAUUGGCAUGUCUAAUUUAAGGCUGUGCAGUAUUGAUUGGGUGUUAUUUGAGGAGGAGCUUAUCCCUAAGAAUUUUAGACUUAAUCAGAGGCUCAUGAAACCGAUUCGUUGGAAUAAGCCAGUUACAUGUUUCAAAAUGAACGUGGAUGCUUCGUUUAUACAUGGAAAUGCUUCGGGAGGGGUUUUACGAAACCAGACGGGCGACCUGAUUAGGGCAAUUGCUUUUCCUCUCUAUGCGUCUUCUCCCAUGGAUGCCGAACGGCUUGCUCUUAUGACUGCAACUAGGUGGGCGUUGGAAGAAGGUUUCCAUGGUUUCCAGGUUGAGUCUGAUGCUGAGGCGAUUCAGAGGUUUUUCUCAGGCAAGACGCUCGUUAGUGGUCUUUGUCUUAAUCAUCGAUCGCACAAUACACCCGCUGCCACCAACCAUUCUCGCACCUCCCCUCAUUCAAAUUUGCCUUCUCGAAGAAUUGGAGUAGAACUGUCAAGUUGUUUCUUCUGACCUGCUUCAAAUUGUUGUUUCUAGCAUUUGAAUAUGUGUUGCAAUCAACACGGUUUAUCAGUAGUCAUCACCUCUCACUAAUUGCAGUAAUCAUGGAAAGUCUUAAAAAAGAGAACACAGAUGACAUGAGCAGUGCAGAACAACAAGAUGUCAAAUCACAGGAUUUAAAUUAUGCAAAUGACUUGGAUUUGUGGAGUUCCGUUGCUGCUUUUUCUACGGAUAAAGUAUUUAACAGUAAAUAUGAAUUAAUUACAUGGGCCAGAGAAACUGGGAAGAACACAGGUUAUGUAAUUGUGAUUGUUUUUUCUUCAUCGGGAGAUGAUGGGAAAAAAGCGAGACUACGACUUGGCUGUGAACGUGGUGGGACUUACAGAACUCCUAAGAAACUAAUUAACAAAGAGGCACGACGUCGCAAGGGGACAGGAACAAAAAAAAAUGGGUGUCCAUUUAAGUUACAGGGCGUGAAAUUAGAAACGGAUGAUGAUUGGGAAGUAAAAAUUCAGUGUGGAUAUCAUAAUCAUCCACCUGCAGAAAACCUUGAGGGUCACGCUUUUACCGGGAGAUUAAGUAAAGAGGAGAACACCAUACUCUUAGAUAUGACGAAAAAUAUGGUCAAACCAAGAAACAUACUAGUGACUAUAAAAGCGAAGGACAAAAAGAACACAACUACAAUGAAGACGAUAUAUAAUGCUCGUCACAAACAUAAAAUGCUUGAGAAAGCUGGAAGAUCACAAAUGCAGCAACUUAUGAAAAGAUUGGGUGAUUUUGGGUAUGUGGAAUGGCAUAGGAGAAACGAGUCAACUGACUGUGUAAGAGACUUGUUUUGGGCGCACCCGUUUUCUAUAGAUAUUUUGAAUGCCUUUCCGUUGGUUUUACUUAUGGAUUGUACUUACAAAACAAAUCGAUAUGGUCUUCCGCUAUUAGAGAUUGUAGGUGUGACAUGCACAGACCUUACUUUUUCAGUAGCUUUCGUCUACAUGGAAGCUGAGCGUGAAGAUAACUACACAUGGGCAAUGGAAAAAUUAAAAACAUUGAUGAUAUCAAGUACCAUGCCUAGUGUAAUUGUGACCGACAGAGACUUGGCGUUUAUGAAAUCUGUUAAGAAAGUCUUUCCUGAAACAACAAAUCUUUUAUGUAGGUUUCAUAUCUCAAAAAAUGUCCUUGCCCAUUCAAGAAAGUUGUUUGAACUCAAAGAGGAUUCUGAUAAAUUCAUGGCAGCCUGGAGUGUUCUUGUAUUCUCUGCAAAUGAGAGUGAGUAUGCUAGAAACUUAUUUGCUAUUGAAAGUGACUACGAAGGUUAUCCAAGUCUUCUCAAGUAUGUGAGGGAUACAUGGUUACUUCCAUAUAAAGAGAGAUUUGUAGCAGCUUGGACCGACAAAGUUAUGCACUUCGGCAAUUUGACAACGAAUAGAGCCGAGUGUGACACCGCACCCGAAUGUACUUGAAUUUGAAAGUGGAUAUGUAUUGAAUUUCCUAACGAAUAAAAAUUCGUGUAAUUAAUUGGCAUAUUUAAUUAAUGUGCGAUUAAUCAAAUUAUUUAUCGGGUCCAUUAAAUGUGAAUGGGCUACCAAAUAUUUAGUUGGGCUAUCAUAAAAAUCAUAGGGGGUCCAAUAAAACGCCAACCGAAGUUGAUAAAAAUAUUUGGACAACCCGGGUGCUAUUUUGAUCCGACCGGCCCGAAAUAGCGGGAAUAAUU